AAAUAAAUAUACUUUUAAAUGUUAUGCUGCGUGUGGAAUUUUUGCAUACAUGCAUGUCUCUGAACCACUUGUGUGUAGUGCCUGCAAAGGCCAGAAGAGGCCGUCAGACCCCCCUGGACUGGAGUUCAGACAGAGUAAGCCAACAUGUGGGGACUUGGAAUUGAACACUGGUCCUCUGGAAAAACAGCCAGCACUCUGAACUGCGAAGCCAUUUCUCCAGCCCUCAAAAUAAAUACACAUUUUAAGGUUUUGUUUUAAGACAAAAACUAACAAUGUUGUUUCUGGAACAUGGGACUAGACCGACAUCUGGCUACCAGAGCUACGUCCCAGGCCUUUCGACAGUAAUGGCGCCUCAGGUGUUGCUUCAGACAAGACCCUGGGCUGCCGUCCUGCUGUGUAGAAUUCUGGCCGAAGCCUGGGAAUGGGUUAUUUAGGGCUGUAUAAAUCUGAUCUGAGACCUUACUUAAUACAUGAGUGUAGUGGAUUCUAAUUAGCCCCCCCCCGCCCCAAAUCCUCUUCCAGGCAUAGACACUCCAGCGCAGUGGUUCUUCACCAUGCUGACGCUGUGGUGAGCUCCCAAGCACGAAGUUACUUCUGUUGCUACUUCAUAACUGUAAUUUUGGUGCCGUUAUGAACCAUGAUGUAAAUAUUUCUGAAGACAGAGGUUUGCCGGAUGGGUCUCGACCCACAGAUUCAGAACCAUUGCUGUAGGGAGUAAGGGGUCCCGUCAAGAUUGUCGCACGCCAGGGUACCCCAGACCAGAGGUGGGGGGUUGCUCUAGACAUGGAAACUGGCAGAGGCCAGAAAAUACUGGAAUAAGUGUGGCUCGAACCCCCAGAGACAGGAGAGGAAACGGGGGAGCCUGAAGGCGUGUAGGUCAGUGUGCACGGCUUGUCUAGCAUAUGUGAGACCCUGGGUUCAAAUCUGAAAAAAGAAAAAAGAAAAAAAGCAAAGUUGUCACUGGCCACAUGUGGUUACCGAGCCUUCCAGGUGUGACCGGAGGAUGGAGAAGGAAAUGUGCAGACGAGAGUGUGUGCAGUCAUGGGUGCGGGCGUGUCACAAACCACCACUCUUCAGGGAACCCGGCUUCCAGCCGCAGCCAGGCUGUGCCCCCUCAUUCUCCACGAAUUGCCUGUCCCUUCUCUGGAACACCUAGGCCUGACCCGGCUCCCUGGUAGUCCCUGUAGCCCACAGCUCCCCGCACCCCACUCCCUUUCCCAGAACUCAGUUGUGUGAGCCCCUAGCCUGCGGCCUAAGCCUUUCCUGCCUUCGCCUGAAGCAGCAGCCUCUUCUAAGCCCUGGGGGCUUCCCCAGGCCCCAGCCCCGACCUAGAACCCGCCCGCUGCCUGCCACACUGCCGCUUCCUCUAUAAAGGGACCCAAGCGCCAGUGCCCAGGCCCCGCACAGCAGGUGAGCCUCUCCUUCUCCAUCGCCAUGGGCUUACCCGCCACAGGCAUCCCUCGGGAUCCAGGGAAACCCGCCUCUUCACUUGGGCCCCAGCCUGGAUCCCCAGGCUUAUUGGGUCUGGUCCCUGUGGCUUUGACUUUUGGUCUGUUCCGUGGUGGUGUCUAACUCGGUUGUCUGUCAGUCGCUCUCUCUGCCCCUGUCACCCUUCUGAUUCCUCUGUGGUUCUCUCUCUGUGGUUCUUUCCUCUUCCAGUCUCUCUCUGUCUCUCCCUGACCCUGGUAACUUGUGUGUCUUGUCCCCUUCUCUGUCUGUCGCCCUGUAUCUCGGGGUAGCUGUCUCAGCUGGGAGGUGAGCUCCGUCUUCCGCUGUGUGCCCCGCCUCCUCUACACUCUCUCUCUCUCUCUCUCUCUCUCUCUCUCUCUCCUCAGGUUUCCUCCAUGACACCGCUUGGACGUCUCUACCUCUUGAGGGUGCUUGGCGCCCCCCCUGUCUUCCUUCUGGGGCUGCUUCUGGCCCUGCCUCUCUCGGCCCAGGGACGCUCGGCUGCUCAUUUCUCCUCUGCCGGGACAGCUCGCCAGGCCCAUGGCACCCUGAAGCCUGCUGCUCACCUUGUUGGAUACCCCAACAAACAGAAUUCGCUGCUCUGGAGAGAGAACACAGAUCGUGCCUUCCUCCGACACGGCUUCUCUCUGCGCAACAACUCCCUCCUGGUCCCCGCCAGUGGCCUCUACUUCGUCUACUCCCAGGUGGUCUUCUCCGGGGAGAGCUGCUCCCCCAAGGCCAUUCCCACCCCCAUCUACCUGGCACACGAAGUCCAGCUGCUUUCCUCCCAGUAUCCCUUCCAUGUGCCUCUCCUCAGUGCGCAGAAGUCCGUGUAUCCGGGGCUACAAGGACCAUGGGUGCGAUCCAUGUACCAGGGGGCUGUGUUCCUGCUCAGUGAGGGGGACCAGCUGUCCACCCACACGGAUGGCGUCUCCCAUCUACACGUCAGCCCCAGCAGUGUGUUCUUUGGAGCUUUCGCUCUGUAGAAUCAUCUAGAAGAAGCCAGGAGUUGGUUUCCAAGCCUCCACUCUGCCCAUCCCCACCAAAAUCACCUGGAGCUUUCACAGAAGGAGUCUGAUGCACCCCAGGGGACCACGGCUCUCCCGGGGCCACCCCAGAUGCUCAGCUGAGGAUUCAAGCCUGCCUAGGAGUUCCUGCACAGAGCAGGGUCUCUGUGGGUCUGGGUGGGGCAGAGACCUGGAUGUGACAGAUGUGGGGAGGGGACAGGAGACAGGGAGACUAUUUAUGAAGGGAAAGGUUAAGUUAUUUAUUUAUGGAGAACAGAAAGAGGAGAGAAACCGGGAGCCACCGGAUGACAACCAGGUCCCAGACACGAAGAGUGAGGUGGCAUCAGGUCAGGACUCAUCUGAGGGAGAGAGAAGCAGGUGCGAGCCACCGAGAGCUUCAGGACAAAGGCUCUGAGCACCAUCCACAAGGAGCCAUCUGCCCCAUCAAUGACACCCAAUAAACCUCUUUUCUCUGAAA